UCUCGCAGCCCGCGCCGGGCCCAGCAGCCCGGAGCCCCACGGCUGGAGGGCGCGGCGGGGGCGGCGGGGCGGUGCGGCGGCGGCUCGGGUCACGGCGUCUGCUCGCGCUCGUCGGCAGGCCGCGGUCGGGCGCCCGAGCCCGGCCUCGCCGCCGCCGCCGCGCAGCGCGUAGGGAGGAAGAGGAAAUGCCCGGCCGCCGGCGCCAGCCGCUCGCCGGUAUGACCGGCCCGCGCGGCUCGAGGGGCGCUCGGCCGCCCCCAGCCCCGCCUGGGGCCUAUCCGGGCCCGGGCCGUAGGCGCCCCGCCGCUGGGCCGGGCCAACCGCGACGGCGGGUGCUUCCCGGCAGCGAGCUGCGACCCCGGAAGGCUCCCCCCUUUCGGGCGCAUGGCUGCCGGGCCGACCUCGGGCAGCGCCCUGCGGCCCCCGACCCAGACGGGAGGCUGCGCACCGGCUGGGGACAUGUGUUUGUAUUUCUUUUUAAGCCAGCGGCCCCGAAGGGAAAGGCGGCUGGCCUCCGGGAGUCGUCCGGUGUUGCCCGGCAGGGUGACUCGCGGUCGGGAGGGCGUGGACGCGAGAGGCCAGCCGGGAGGCGGCUGGUCUUGGCUGCUGUGCUCCAAGGCCGGCUCCUCGGGAACCACCUACUUCGAAGACUCCGCUCCCGCCAGCCCGGGUGUUCGGCAGCACCCGCGCAAAGUUUGUUCCAGCACCUUGGCUCACCCUGGAUACUCUUCUCUGAAAACUGUUGGGGCCUUAAUUAGUUCAUCAAAUAUUUAUACAGCCCCUUACCACGUGUCGGUUGGUAGCGUGGUUUGGUGGAAAGAGAUCGCACUUUGGAGUCAAGACAUCUGCCGUGGAUUCUGGUUCUGAUACCCUCUAUGUAACCUUGGGCAUUUACCCUUUUAUAUUUGAAUUUUUUUUUCUCCAUAAACUAGAAGUGUGUGCCUAGGCUAAGUCUACUGAAAUUGGAUUCUAAAAUACUGCUUGCUUUGGGAUUACUCUUUUUCCUUUCCACCAUUACUAGCUGUGUGACCUGGAGCAAAUGACUUAGCCUCCUUGUGCCUUGACUUUCCCAUCUUUAAAAUGAGUGCGAUUACACAUGAUGCUAAUAACAAUAAUAAUAACAACAGGUAUUUGGAGGAUUAAGAGCUAAAGUGUAUAUAAAAUAUCCAGCACGGGACACAGUAAAAACACAGUUUGUUACCAUAUUUCAUUAAAUCUGAUUUCAAGACACUUCUCGAUUUGAAAGGUAUUUUAAAAAGCUCAUCUUAAAGUCAAUUAGGUCACUCAGCUCUACCCAGGGGCUGUAUUUAGUAGUAACUAAUGAUGAACUAGUUACCAGUCAAACUAAGGUUUAAACAAACUGGGGUUUAAAUGAGGACUUUGUCACCAGAAAUACUUCCAGUGCAUGUAUGGAGCUUUUGCCUAAAUUCAGUCCAGCACAGCUGUUGAAGAAAGAGGAUCGUCUAGGCCAUAAGGGGGCUUGGUGGGAUAGAGAAAAUAGGGCUUCCAACAAGGCUAACUAAUAUCUACUGAAUGCUUGCCCUGUGCCAGUGUCUUUCUAAGCAUGGUACAGUAUUGUGUCUGUGAUCCCCGGUACCAAACUCUUAGGACCCUCAAUUUCUUGGGCUGUAAAAGUGAAGACAACACCCCAUAGUCUUGUGAUGAGUAAAUGAUGUCUGUAAAUAAUAAGUUAUAGAGGUUAAGGCAUUAUCAAUAAUAUAGUCAGAUAAAAUGCUGGAGCAGAUAGGAGAGCUGACAAAUACUGCCGAACUCCAGGAAGGAAUAAGAGUUAGUUUCUUUUGGUUUGGGGAAAUGUUAGCUAAUCCUGUUAUGGAGAGCAUACAGAUGACUGUCUAAACCUGAAGGGAAUAUCAGAUCUUUGACAGUUACGUUAUUGUUUUCAAUCAGGCAAAAGUAAGAAAAUGAAGAAGCUAACUUAAAAAAUGUAUUUUUUCCUAUUUGAAUAAGAGUAAGCAGGAAUAUUAUGUUUAUUCAGGGUUUUCAUGACUAGAUGAAACAUUUCCUCAAUUCAACUAGAGAUCAGGCCCUUCAAUUAAAACAACCUGCUUGCUGUCCUGCGUAUAGGAGACUGCAUUUCCCAAAAAAGGAUUAAUGUAAACGCUCACACCAAAUUGUUCAUCA